AUGGGGCAGGGAUGCAGGACGGGGGGACGGGGAUGGAGGCACCGGGAGGGCAGGGACACUGGGAAGACAGGGGAGCGCGAGGAGAACGGGGGCCCCGGGAAGACCGCGGGCAGCCCCGACCGCGCCGCCGCCAACGGGCUGCCGGAGCCCGACCCGCCCGCGCCCUCCGCCGCGAAUUCCGUGUUCUCCCCCAGCCCUGUUCUCUCCAGCUGCCCUCCAAGAUUGUGUCCCUUAUCCUUUGGCGAAGGAGUUGAGUUUGACCCUUUACCACCAAAGGAAAUAAGGUACACGUCCUCCGUGAGAUACGACUCGGAGAAGCACUUCAUCGACGACGUCUACAUGCCCGUGGGCUUGAGCGUGUCCUCCUGCAGCCAGACGGUGAUCUGCGUCCCCAACUGCACGUGGCGCAGCUACAAGUCAGAGGUGCACUUCGAGCCCCGCAACAAGCCCCGGCGCUUCACCAGCACCACCAUCAUCUACCCGAAGCACGCCAAGACUGUGUACACCACCACGCUGGAUUACAACUGCCGCAAGACCACGCGGCGGUUCCUGUCCAGCAUAGAGCUGGAAACCUCGGAGUACCUCGGGAACGACUGUGUCCUGGAUGGUUGCUGACUGCCGGCCUCCUCCCUUGCUCUGAUCCAUCCCGGCCCCACCCAACGUACUGUGCUAACUCCACUAAGCUAAAGCGGGUACAGACCCUCCUUCCCAGCUCUAAAUUCCUGCUUUAAGCAUCAGAACGGCCCGAAACGCAGUUUUCUUGUGGGAACAUAACUUAGUAAGGGACUUGUUUCUUCGCCUCCAAAGCCGUGAGUUCCCUCCCCUUCCCCGCAGUGCAGUAAUCAGGUGAAAAUAACGGGAGGUAUUUUACCAGAGGAAAAGCUGACAGGUAAGAAAGAACGUGGAAUAGUGCCUGGCAGAAUCUGUGCCCCAUUUGAUGCUUUGGGGUGAUGUGCAAAAGUAAGGGCAGUUCACUCUCAUGCAGAGAAUCUACCCGGUCAUUUGGUUGCAGAUAGCCAGAGCUGUCAGUCAUUUCAGUUUAGAUCGCAAGAGUGCUUUCUCUAGAAGGACCAUCUCCUGGAAAUUCCUGGAGAAAGCUAACAGAAAAAUCCGGAAUUCUGAAUUUAACAGGUUACAAAAGCACUAUCACAUGGCAUUCGUGCCUUGGUUGAAGGCGUAAAUUGGAAAGAAGAGGAAUUCUGAGUAGCACAGGAGAUAAACUGCUUUUGCAGCUUCAGGCAAAUUCGGGCAAUUCCAAUUCUUUGGAUGAACAGCGCGAUGUAUCCUCUGUCCUUACGACUUCAGCAGCGCAGUUGUCCAUGCAACACACAUCUGUGUGAGCGUAGCAGGACUUGUACCAAAGAUUAAAAUUAUCCAGGCCAAAAAUCAUCCCCGGGUUGUUGGAAAGUCGGGUCUUGACAAUGGGGAGGUGGAAAAAACCGCAAGUGCCUUGUUUUUACCGACAUGGAACUGUCUGCUCUGAGGGAGCUCUAACCAGGCAAGUUUCAGAUAAUGUUUACACAGGGACCUAGAACGGCAAAGGAGGUGCUGGGAUGGGGUGUGAGACGCUGUCGUGGCGGGGGUUGUGAGGAGGGCGAUGGUAGCAAAGGACGGGCAGGUUUUUAGCGCAUAGCGAAAUCCAGGGCUGUGGCUCUGCUUCACCCGCUGAGCUUCUCUGUGUCCUCGCUGGACUUUGGUAUCCGGGAUGUCACUGGAGUGGGGUAGACUGUCUGUAGGUGCCGAAUAACCCCUCCAGUCCCAAGUGCAUGCUGAGUUUGGGGACCAAAGGGAAUAGCUUCAGGCACCAUGAACGUCUGUCUGGAUGUUAUGUGCGUUAGUUUAUCGUGUGCUUUGAUGGAAAUAAGACAGAGGGGUUUCCUUCUUUUCCCAAAUUUUUUUUCCCUGUACUGAUGGAGCGCAGUGUAGUGUGGAGAGCAUUUGCUUUGGGGGGCAGGUGUUACUUGGGGAGUAAUCUCCCGGAAACACCUGGUCAACUUGUCUUAGCUGGGCACAGCUUUUCCACAUGUUCCAAAACUCCUCGGAGGUGUGGGUCACUGUGUGGUGCAACACCAGUCCUGGAGCUGCUUUUAAGGAGGGCUUAGGUAGUGCAUGGCCCCAAGGGUGAGUUUUGUCAGUGGUGAGUUAAACCUCAGGAGCCUGUUCUUGAGCUGUACUUAACACGUGUUUGUGCAAGUGCGAUGAGUGGUGUGGAAGUGCAAUCCAGGGAACAGAAACGAUUUGGGAGAUGAAGAAUGCAGCAGGAAGGAAGCCUUCAGUUUGUAUGGUUUGGGUUGGGGUUGUUGUUGUUGUUGUUGUUGUCAUGGUUUUUUACUUAUUUAUUAGCUCAGAACAGAACAUCCUUAACCUUUGGUACUUGCCUCUGCGAUCCCAAACCAGCUCCAGGAGGACACAGUCAGGUAGGCAGCACUCCGGAGUUAAGAGCAGCACGAUGUUGUUAUCAAACACGUUGGUUUCAGACUACAGUAUUGAGGAGAUGUGUCUUAAGUUCAUGUUGCAAUUCCCCCCUAAAUGUUGCCCCAAGAUGUACUUGUGGUGCAACGGAAGGCACAACUCACCCCGGAGCGUGCGGGGUUUCCAACGGACAGAGUCCCCUGUGGGAAAGCUGUUGCACCAUUGCUUUGCUGUUUCUUGUACCUUGCUCCAGAAACACCUGGUUGGACACGGGACACUGGAAGGACGUGGACCCUGAAUUGCUCUGACAACGCUCUUCCAGUGAAUUUAUUUGCAGGAGGUCUAAGAGGAGGUGGUUUUAAGUUGUAAUCAUUAGUUGUCCCUAGUUAGAAACAAAGUGACCCUUAGGCUAUAAAGCACCUGAUUUUUAUAAAGCAAGCAAACUUAAAUAUGUACCUCUUAAACAUAUUUUAAUUGGUAGAGAUACCUUUUAAAUUAUUUAUGUUCCAACAUUUGCAAAGCUCUGAUUAGCUCUGUGCAAGUGUUCUGAUGUCUGUGAUGUUUCUCACCCCCUCCUUCUGACUUUCAAUUUGUCUUUUACUUCAUUGGUAAUAAAUGAUCUGAAAACCA